UGCGCAGUCUGGCGGCCAAUGCCGCUAUAAAAGCUUGUUUUGCUCCGGGGCUGAUGCUCGGGAGCGUGGUCGAGUGGCCGACGCGGUCGUCUUGGAGCUGGGGCACUGAAAUUCUCAAGUGGAACCAAGAGUCUGUGAGCCCUGGCACCUCCACUCAGAGAAGAUGAAGGACAUUGACAUAAGAAAGGAGUAUAUCAUCCCCAGCCCUGGUUAUAGAAAUGUGCGGGAGAGAACCAGCAAUUCAGGGCAGCACCGAGACCGCGAGGACUCCAAGUACAAGAGAACUCAACCGCUGGAUUGCCAAGAUGCCUUGGAAGCAGCAGCCCGAGCUGAGGGCCUUUCCCUGGAUGCCUCCAUGCAUUCUCAGCUCAGAAUCCUGGAUGAGGAACAUCCCAAGGGAAAGUACCAUCAUAGCUUAAGUGCUCUGAAGCCCAUCCGGACCACUUCCAAACACCAGCACCCAGUGGACAAUGCUGGGCUCUUCUCCUGUAUGACUUUUUCUUGGCUUUCUCCUCUGGCUCGCAUAGCCCACAAGAAGGGGGACCUCUCAAUGGAGGACGUGUGGUCUUUGUCCAAGUACGAGUCUUCCGAGGUGAACUGUAGAAGACUAGAGAGACUGUGGCAAGAAGAGCUGCAUGAAGUUGGGCCAGACGCUGCUUCCCUCCGGAGGGUUGUGUGGACCUUCUGCCGCACCAGGCUCAUCCUCUCCAUCGUGUGCUUGAUGAUCACGCAGCUGGCUGGCUUCAGUGGACCAGCCUUCGUGGUGAAACACCUCCUGGAGUACACCCAGGACACAGAGUCUAACCUCCAGUACAGCUUGCUGUUAGUCCUGGGCCUCCUUCUGACAGAAAUCGUGCGUUCUUGGUCACUUGCACUGACGUGGGCAUUGAAUUACCGAACUGGGGUCCGCUUGCGGGGGGCCAUCCUGACCAUGGCGUUUAAGAAGAUCCUUAAGCUGAAGAACAUUAAGGAGAAGUCCAUGGGUGAGCUCAUCAACCUGUGUUCCAACGAUGGACAGAGGAUGUUCGAGGCAGCUGCCGUUGGCAGCUUGUUGGCUGGAGGACCUGUUAUUGCCAUCUUGGGCAUGAUUUAUAAUGUAAUUAUUCUGGGACCAACAGGCUUCCUGGGAUCAGCUGUUUUUAUCCUCUUUUAUCCUGCAAUGAUGUUUGUAUCGCGGAUCACUGCAUAUUUCAGGAGAAAAUGUGUGACCAUCACAGAUGACCGUGUCCAGAAGAUGAAUGAAGUCCUCACCUACAUUAAAUUUAUUAAAAUGUAUGCCUGGGUCAAAGCAUUCUCUCAGAGUGUACAAAAAAUCCGAGAGGAGGAACGUCGGAUGUUGGAAAAAGCCGGGUACUUUCAGAGCAUCACCGUUGGUGUGGCUCCCAUUGUGAUGGUGAUCGCCAGUGUUGUGACCUUCUCUGUUCACAUGACCCUUGGCUUUGAUCUGACAGCAGCACAGGCUUUCACAGUGGUGACUGUCUUCAAUUCCAUGACUUUUGCUUUGAAAGUUACACCGUUCUCAGUAAAGUCCCUCUCAGAAGCAUCCGUUGCUGUCGACAGAUUUAAGAGUUUGUUUCUAAUGGAAGAGGUUCACAUGAUAAAGAAAAAACCAACCAGCCCUCACAUCACGAUAGAGAUGAAAAAUGCCACCUUGGCAUGGGACUCCUCCCACUCCAGUCUCCAGAACUCACCCAAGCUGACCCCCAAAACGAAAAAAGACAAGAGGGCUGCCAGGGGCAAGAAAGAGAAGGUGAGGCAGCUGCAGCGCACUGAGCAUCAGGCGGUGCUGGCAGAGCAGAAGGGCCACCUCCUCUUGGACAGUGACGAGCGGCCCAGUCCUGAGGAGGAAGAGGGCAAGCACAUCCACCUGGGGAACCUCCGCCUGCAGAGGACGCUGUACAACAUCGACUUGGAAAUUGAAGAGGGUAAACUGGUUGGAAUCUGUGGCAGUGUGGGAAGUGGAAAAACCUCUCUCAUUUCAUCCAUUUUAGGCCAGAUGUCACUUCUAGAGGGCAGCAUUGCGGUCAAUGGAACCUUCGCUUAUGUGGCGCAGCAAGCCUGGAUCCUCAAUGCCACUCUGAGAGACAACAUCCUCUUUGGGAAGGAAUUUGAUGAAGAAAGAUACAACUCUGUGCUGAACAGCUGUUGCCUGAGGCCUGACCUGGCCAUCCUUCCCAACAGUGACCUGACGGAGAUUGGCGAGCGCGGAGCCAACCUGAGUGGUGGGCAGCGCCAGAGGAUCAGCCUCGCCCGGGCCUUGUAUAGUGACCGAGACAUCUACAUCCUGGAUGACCCCCUCAGUGCCUUAGAUGCCCACGUGGGCAACCACAUCUUCAACAGUGCUAUCCAGAAGCACCUCAAGUCGAAGACGGUUCUGUUCAUUACCCACCAGUUACAGUAUCUGGCUGACUGUGAUGAAGUGAUCUUCAUGAAAGAGGGCUGUAUUACAGAAAGAGGCACCCACGAGGAACUGAUGAAUCUAAAUGGUGAUUAUGCUACCAUUUUUAAUAACCUGUUGCUGGGAGAGACACCCCCAGUUGAGAUUAAUUCUAAAAAGGAAACCAGUGGUUCACAGAAGAAAACACAAGACAAGUGUCCUAAAACAGGAUCAGUAAAGAAGGAGAAAGCAGUGAAGCCAGAGGAAGGGCAGCUUGUGCAAAUGGAAGAGAAGGGGCAGGGUUCCGUGCCCUGGUCAGUAUAUGGUGUCUACAUCCAGGCUGCUGGGGGCCCCUUGGCAUUCCUGGUCAUUCUGUCCCUUUUCAUGCUGAACGUGGGCAGUACCGCCUUCAGCAACUGGUGGUUGGGUUACUGGAUCAAGCAAGGAAGUGGGAACACCACAGUGACUCAGGAAAACAGGACGUCUGUGGGCGGCAGCAUGAAGGACCAUCCUCUCAUGCAGUACUAUGCCAGCAUCUACGCCCUCUCCAUGGCAGUCAUGCUGAUCCUGAAAGCCAUUCGUGGAGUGGUCUUUGUCAAGGGCACAUUGCGAGCCUCCUCCCGGCUCCAUGACGAGCUUUUCCGAAGGAUCCUUCGAAGCCCUAUGAAGUUUUUUGACACUACCCGCACUGGGAGGAUUCUCAACAGGUUUUCCAAAGACAUGGAUGAAGUCGAUGUGCGCCUGCCGUUCCAGGCUGAGAUGUUCAUCCAGAAUGUCAUCCUUGUGUUCUUCUGUGUUGGAAUGAUCGCGGGAGUUUUCCCGUGGUUCCUUGUGGCAGUGGGGCCCCUCAUCAUCCUCUUUUCAGUUCUGCACAUUGUCUCCAGGGUUCUGAUCCGAGAGCUGAAGCGUCUGGACAAUAUCACGCAGUCACCUUUCCUCUCCCACAUCACAUCCAGCAUACAGGGCCUUGCCACCAUCCACGCCUACAACAAAGGGCAGGAAUUUCUGCACAGGUACCAGGAGCUACUGGAUAACAACCAGAGUCCCUUCUUCUUGUUCACGUGUGCAAUGCGGUGGCUGGCAGUGCGGCUGGACCUGAUCAGCAUUGCCCUGAUCACCACCACCGGGCUGAUGAUUGUUCUCAUGCACGGGCAGAUUCCCCCGGCCUACGCGGGGCUUGCCAUCUCCUAUGCUGUCCAGUUAACAGGACUGUUCCAGUUUACUGUCAGACUGGCAUCUGAGACAGAAGCUCGCUUCACCUCAGUUGAGAGGAUCAACCACUACAUCAAGACUCUUUCCUUGGAAGCCCCUGCCAGAAUUAAGAACAAGUCUCCCUCCCCUGACUGGCCGCAGGAAGGAGAGGUCACCUUUGAGAAUGCAGAGAUGAGGUACCAAGAAAAUCUCCCCCUGGUCUUGAAGAAAGUGUCCUUCACCAUCAAACCUAAGGAGAAGAUUGGCAUCGUGGGACGGACGGGAUCGGGGAAGUCCUCUCUGGGCAUGGCCCUCUUCCGUCUGGUGGAGUUAUCUGGAGGCUGCAUCAAGAUUGACGGAGUGAGAAUCAGUGAUAUCGGCCUUGCUGACCUCCGGAGCAAACUCUCCAUCAUUCCCCAAGAGCCAGUGCUCUUCAGCGGCACUGUCAGGUCAAAUUUGGAUCCCUUCAACCAGUACACUGAAGACCAGAUCUGGGACGCCCUAGAAAGGACACAUAUGAAAGAAUGUAUUGCUCAGCUACCUCUGAAACUUGAAUCUGAAGUGAUGGAGAAUGGGGAUAACUUCUCGGUGGGGGAACGGCAGCUCUUGUGCAUAGCUAGAGCAUUGCUCCGUCACUGUAAGAUUUUAAUUCUAGAUGAAGCCACAGCUGCCAUGGACACGGAGACAGACUUGCUGAUCCAAGAGACCAUCCGAGAAGCAUUUGCCGACUGUACCAUGCUGACGAUUGCCCAUCGCCUACAUACGGUCCUGGGCUCUGAUAGGAUUAUGGUGCUGGCCCAGGGGCAGGUGGUGGAGUUCGACACCCCAUCGGUCCUUCUUUCCAAUGACAGCUCCCGGUUCUAUGCCAUGUUUGCUGCUGCAGAGAACAAGAUCGCCGUCAAGGGCUAACUCCUCCUGCUGCCGCCCAAGUCUCUUUUCUUUGGAGCAUUGCCAUUCCCUGCCUGGGGCGGGCCCCUCAUCGUGUCCUCCUGCCGAAACCUUGCCUUUCCCGAUUUUAUCUUUAGCACAGCAAUUCAGGAUUGGCUUGUGUGUUUCACUUUUAGGGAGAGUCAUAUUUUGAUUAUUGUAUUUAUUCCAUAUUCAUGUAAACAAAAUUUAGUUUUUGUUCCUAAUUGCACUCUAAAAGGUUCAGGGAACCGUUAUUAUAUAUGUAUCGGAGGCCUAUAAUGAAGCUUUAUACGUGUAGCUAUAUCUAUAUAUAAUUCUGUACAUAGCCUAUAUUUCCAGUGAAAAUGUAAGCCGUUUAUUUUAUAUUAAAAUAAGCACUGUGCUAAGAACAGUGCAGAUUCCUUUCUAUCAUUUUUGUACAGUUUGCUGCACUAGAAUCUGGUUUCACUAUUAGACUAUAGGAAGGGUAGCAUAUGUUCUUCCCCCAGCUGGUUGUUUCAUGGUGCCGGGUUUUCUGGGUGUCCCAAAGGAAGGCGUAUGGCAAUAGCGGGCCCUCCAGUGGCCCCCCUGUCGCCUCCCCAGCAGCCACUCCAGGGCGGGGUGGAGUGGGGGCCACUGGAGGCCACGCAGAGCACCGUGAAUUCUCAGGGCUCCUGCUUUCUGUCCUGUUGUCACUUCACUGUUUCUGUCGGGAGAGCAGUGGGGCAAAGUCCCAGACCCCUCUUCGCUCCCUCCGUCGGAAAUGAGAAUCGCCGAGACGUUCCUCGGUGAGGGGGGAGUGUCCUUCCUGCUUUCCUCCUUUUCGCUGCUGUUUCUCAACAAGCAUUGAGUCUGUUCCAAGUGUCCCACUGCCUCAGGUUCCUAACGCUGGCCACUGCACAGAGCUCUCCGGCUCCUCAGCCCGUCGGUUCCGAACCCUGGAGCCCACUGCUGCUUUUCCCGGUGGUACUUCUUAAUUUGCCUUCAUUUGCCCCAUGAGCCCACAGUUCAGUGACAGGGUUCAGGAUUUUGUGGGUCUGUUCCCCUUUCUCCCUGUGGUCGCCGCAGAGUCUCUUCCUCUCUCCAAAGUCUGCGACUUUAAGCAGCUCUUGCUCAUCGGUGUCUCACACUGGUGUAGAAGUUUUUUGUACUGUAAAGAGACCUACCUCAGGUUCUGAGUGCCGUGUGGUUCGGUGUGUUCCCGCAAACCCCGUUUGUGCUCUGGGGCCAGUAGCUCAGGUGGGCGUGGUCGCUGCUGUCAUCCGUCCAAUGGUCAGCGUUGCAUGUCGUGACCAACUAGACAUUCUGUCGCCUUAGCAUGUUUACUGAACACCUUGUGGAGGCAAAAAUCUGAAAAAGUGAAUAAAAUU